GGGAAUGAAUUCACGUCUCGCCUUUGCUAUCCUGUCGUCUGCUUGCUGGUCAGCCUUCCAACACGGGUACAAUACAGGAGUUUUGAAUGCACCUCAAGCGGUCAUCGCAGAAUGGUUACAAAAAGAUGUUCUAUCAGGCACAAACCUAACUCUCCGGGCCACUGACGACCCGAAGGUGAUGACGGCUCUAUCCAUAGCAGUGGCUAUAUACUGCGUCGGUGGUAUGAUAGGAGGGAUCAUCACGGGGAUUGUAGCUGAUAGGCUUGGCAGACAAGGUGGUCUUCUCUGGAACAAUCUCCUAGUGUUUGCAGCCGCCGUACUAGAGGGGACUUCGAAAGUCGCUAAUUCUGCUGAGAUGCUUAUUUUGGGCAGGUUACUUAUUGGAAUUAACAGCGGACUCAACGCUGGCCUAGCGCCGCUGUACUUGGCUGAAAUAUCGCCUGUCUCGCUUCGGGGAUCUAUAGGAACAGUCUACCAGUUGGUCAUAACGAUCACCAUCCUGCUGUCCCAAGUCCUAGGUUUGGAGUCUGUGCUGGGCACUCCUACGGGAUGGCCAUAUCUCCUGGCUUUGACGGCCAUACCAGCUGUUAUUCAAGUGGUGACGUUGCCUAUGUGUCCCGAAUCUCCCAAGUAUUUGUUGCUGAAUAAAGGACAAGAGCUGCAUGCGCAAAGGGCUCUAAACUGGCUGCGAGGUGAUGUGGCGGUUCACGGAGAAAUUGAAGAAAUGCAUCAGGAAGCAGAAAAGAACAAAAUAAGCAGAAAAGUAACACUACGAGAAUUAUUCGCUAAUCGCCAGCUUCGCCAACCACUUAUAAUCGCAAUGGUGAUGAUGAUAGCGCAGCAGUUCUCGGGGAUUAACGCCGUGAUAUUCUUCUCGACGGAGAUCUUCACAAGGGUACAGUUAGGACAGACACAAUCGCAGUAUGCUACGCUUGGUAUGGGUGCAAUGAACGUAGUGAUGACAAUCAUCAGUCUACUCCUGGUGGAGAUCGCGGGCCGUAAGACGUUGCUGCUGAUCGGCUUUGGAGGCAUGUUCCUCUGUUCUGUCGGUCUGUGCGUCGCGUAUUUAUAUUCCAUGUUACCGUGGGUAUCCUACGUAUGCAUAGCGCUGGUGAUUCUCUUCGUGGUGAUGUUCGCAGUCGGCCCUGGCUCCAUACCCUGGUUCCUGGUCACUGAACUAUUCAACCAGUCUUCGCGACCGGCAGCGACAUCUGUGGCGGUGACUGUCAACUGGACAGCCAACUUCAUCAUUGGCCUAAGCUUUUUGCAGCUUUCUGCAAUCCUAGGAGCGAACGUGUUCAUAAUAUUCGCAAUUCUACAACUAGUAUUCAUAUUCUUCAUAUACUGCCAUGUGCCCGAAACGAAAAAUAAGACGGUAGAAGAAAUAACAGCGAUGUUCCGACAACAAAUAUAA